AUGCGCACCGGCAGCAGCGGCAGCGGCGGCAGCAGCGGCAGCUGCGCCAGCAGCGGCAGCAGCGGCAGCGGCGGCAGCUGCGCCAGCAGCGGCAGCAGCGGCAGCAGCGGCAGCAGCGGCGCGCAGUUUUCUCGGCUUUUUUUGCUUUUGUUCGCGCUGCGGACGCCGGACGCCCGCGCCGCAGCAGCAGCAGCCCCGGCGCGCUGCGGGCUCGCGCCUGAGCGGCGCCGCAGCCGCAGCCGCAGCGCCAGCGACGGCGCCGGCGAAUCUGCUGCUGCUGCGGCGGCUGCUGCGCCGCCUUUUCUCUCUUUUUCCGCUAAAUAA